AUGCAAGAAACUAGCCCCCAGGUAGCUGAUUUAGAUGUAUCUGAUGCUAUAUCCCACGCUGCGCUAUCUGGAGGGAACAGUACAGCAUCAGAGUCUCAGGAGCCUUCGUCCUCAGCCCCAAACGACAGGCAAGUCAGCCUAGAUGGCAUGAAUUUGCGCGCCGUUCCUGCCGCAGCAGCUAGUAUACUACCUAGCAUCACAGAGCCCAGCAUUACAGAGCCUGGCAUCGUGGAGCCUGGCCUGUUCAAGAAAACGCCAGCUCCACUUGAGAUACCCUCAUCAGCAAAUCGAUUGCUUUCUGAACACGACGCCAGCAGUGACUCUCAGCGUUCUGGGUCAGAAGCCUACCAUUCGCCGAAGCGACGCAAACUUACAUCGAAUACAUCUGAAGAAAUUAUUUCAUCGAUUCGCAACGCUGCAGAGUCAACCUUGAGGGCACUGGACAUGCUGUCCCCAGUCCAAUCACAUGACCUGAUAGCAGAUGUCAGCGUCCAGUCUAUACAUGAUACCAUAGAGGUAGCCGUGGACGAAAUAGGCGAUGACUGGAGAGAUACUCUCUCAAGCACAUGUUCGGGCCCUGAUGAUAGCGAAAGCGAAGCCGAGCUUGGCAACUCACAGUCGCAGAAAAGUAUACAACGUCGCAGAUGGACAAAAGGAGAAGAGGAUCUUCUUAGACGACUCAAGCGCUCCCAGCAGAGCAACGGCACUCCAUCGGACUAUUAUAUCACAAAGAAAUUGAAGCGCACAGAGAACGGUGUCAAGCAACAUUGGGAUAUCAUGCAACAGAAGGACAAGGUCAAGCGCUAG